AUGGCCAAGCUCCAUACUGGCAAGUUCGAAAUCGUGGCUAUGUCAGCAAGCUACCACGGUCUCACCCAGGGUUCCGGGUCCGCAACCUACUCCGCCGGCCGAAAGAAUGGCGGCCCCGCAAUGCCCGGCCAACUUGCCUUCCCCGCGCCGUACGCCUAUCGCUCAGUCUUCCGGAAGCCUGAUGGCUCCUACGAUUGGGAGACAGAGAUGGAUUUCGGCUGGGCCAUGAUUGACAGACAGAGCGUCGGAUCUCUAGCCGCCUUCAUUAUGGAGCCUAUUCUCUCUACCGGCGGAAUUCUCGAUCUCCCCAAAGGUUAUCUCAAGCGUCUCAGCGAGGAGUGCAAGAAGCGUGGUAUGCUUCUCAUUCUCGAUGAGGCGCAAACGGGGGUUGGACGCACUGGUCACAUGUUUGCCUUCGAGCACGAUGACAUCGUCCCCGAUAUUCUCGCCUUGUCAAAGACUCUUGGUUGCGGCUUGCCCCUGGCUUCUGUUAGCACCACUGCCGAAGUCGCACAGGGAUGUAAAGAUGCCGGAUUCCUUUGGCUCACGACGCAUCUCAACGACCCGCUCACUGCAGCCGUCGGCAACAAAGUGCUUGAAAUCGUCGUGCGCGACAAUGUCUGUCGAAAGGCUACUGAGCGUGGCGAGCAGCUUCGUGCUGGUCUGCUAAAGCUCCAGGAGAAGUACUGGUGCAUUGGUGACGUCCGUGGACGUGGUCUUUUGCAAGGCAUCGAGAUAAUCUCUGACGCCAUGACAAAGGCGCCUGGGCCAGACCUUGGUCAGGCUGUUUCUGACCGAGCGAUGACUUUGGGACUGUCCUGCAACGUGGUCAACUUGCCGGGCAUGGGUGGCGUGUUCCGGCUGGCGCCUCCGGUUACGGUGACCGCAGAUGAGAUCGAGGUGGGACUGAGAAUACUGGAUGAAGCCUUUAGCUACGUUUUGGCGCAGCGCGAAAAAGCCAUUCCUGUCGCGUAA